AUUUAAGUGAGUAGAAGAGACUUUAAAAGCUCAGAAUCGGUUCAGAAAGCGUCACCGCAUAUACACACCAAAUGUUUGCACUUGAUAAAGCAUCGGAAAUAUAUCUCAGCUCCGAACCUGACUUCUACGCAAAUUUACUUGCACAAAAAGUUAGAAACAGAUGCUCAUUUAAUGCAUGGAAACUGUACGCUGACGGUACACAUGCUCGGUGUCAAAUUAGAUCGCCGGGUAGUGACGUGAGCACGAGUUUUAAGAAAAGAGAAAACUUUGCUCUUUUCCGACGCUCCCAUGCUCAUCAUCUUUUCUUAAAAAGUUCGUUAACCGUUCAGUAGUCCGUAUGUUGUUAGUUCCACCCUGUUUUUAUGGUGCAACUUAUCGAGUACGGAACUGUCGCGUUGCACAGAUGUAACUCAGACACGUCAUCGCGCGAAUCUUAGAAGUGACCAACCAGCCUUUUAAUGCGCUUACGGGGACAGGCUAGCACCAAGCUAUGCAGCAACGUAACUGCACUAGACCGUCGAGCGCAGCGACUAGCUGAAUUUGAAACCAUUCUCGUGUUCUCAUCUAAUGAAAUAAAUACAUUUUGCGACUAGAAAAAACGGUUCUGACGAACUAACCAACCGGUUUUGCGCCGAAUUUAUUAUUUUUUUAAGCUUGCGGCCCGAAGAUUCAUCAGAUAUGAAUCCUGACGACAAGAAUCAAAGUUUGCAAAGUUGUACCUCCUGCCAUUCAAUUUUGUCUUACAAAGAAACUUUCUCCGUCAGUAAAGCUGUCACCACUGAGAUGCUGCGUAUCGCAACUUAAUGCAUUAACGAGCCACAGCCAAAGAUGCACGAUUAGCAUGCACCUUUGAUUGAACGACUUCGAAAUUUAUUGAUACCCACAUUUAGUAGCCAGCCGUCUCACUAGGCUACUACCAAUUCACGCCCCGUGCGAGACUCUCGGUGCUGUGCAAACAAUUACUAACACAGAUACGCUACAUCAUGAAGCUCAAGUCCCAAUCGAGAGCCGGGUGCAGGGGAUCCUUACGAUGAGCAGCUUUCGCGAAGUGAUCUGAUUCAGCCCAAAUUUUUUGAGCACCUUGCCAUCUCGCGUCCCUGGAUGCACUGGUGAGAACCAAAUUUCACAGCAUAAUUUAACAUCACCUAGUCUCAUAAGCAAUCGUCUCCAGCAAUCUUGACGUGAUUCGGUCGGAAGCCCGCCAAGUCACAGCCGCACGCAGCAAAGGGAUCCAAACAUAGCCGCGUGUUGGGGCGCAGUAUCCAUACUGCAGAAAUCUCUCAAUUAGAAAAAGUAUGUCAGAUGACAAUUAGCCACACUAUGUUUGUUAGCAAAUACGACAGGGUAUUCAGACUCAUAUCAUUAAAACUUGUGUACAGUACUGUUAAUUGGAAACUUGUAGCACUUCUGAUCUUGAUCAACGCCUUUUUAAUACUGUAUUGCAUGGAUGGGCCCGGAUUCACUGUUCGCACUGUCCGACUCGAGUUGUUGGCAUUAUUCGUAUUAUUCGUAUUACGCUGCCACAGACGCUGACUUCCCUCCAACCAAGCCCAUUUGAAAUUCUACCGACAAAUAGGCAAGCAUCACGAGCGUUUUGCUCCGCCGCUCUCGCUUGGUAAUUCUCUCUAUUCCGCACAGUUCCUUCUUCAUGCGCGUUUUGAUUUCUGCUGUGCUGCUGCUGCCUCUGGGUGCUGUCACUCAGAGGACAAAAACGACUAGCCUCAGCUCCACAGUCGCGCAUUCGAUGAACACUUCGUCUGUCUCUAGCCAAGUGCCAUGGACACUCGCCGAUAAUGCUACCAUGCUAUCCGAAAUCAGGUCGCAAAUCACCAU